AUGGGUGUAUUAUCGCUAAAUGUUGUGUGGUCACCGAUGGGUGAUGAGCAAUCGCAGAUGAAGAAAACGAUGCAGUUCGAAUCAACCACACUUGUUUUUGAUGCAUGCAAAAUUAUACGGGAAAAAUUAUCCGGCAACAACCUUAACCUUGAAUACAAGAAAAAAAUCCGUCCACUGAAAGUACGAAUGCUUGAUGGUGCUGUGAAAACAGUUAUGGUGGAUGAAAGUCAACCAGUGGGUGAAAUUAUGGUUGUUGUCUGUUCGAAAAUUGGCAUCAGUAAUCACGAAGAGUACUCGUUGGUUCGUCAGCCGUCAGACCAGGACUGGCGUUCCACACUGACGUUGAAAGAGGAAAAACGGGGCAGAAGCGAAGAUCGCGGUCUUGGAUUUGGCACACUCGGCAGGAAUAAGGAGCGAAAGAUGGAGCAGCUGCGAGCGAAAUUGCAUACUGACGAAGAGCUUCUCUGGCUAGAUCAUGGCAAAACGCUGCGAGAGCAAUCGAUAGCCGAUGACGAAACACUGAUACUGCGUCGGAAGUUUUUCUUCUCGGAUACCAACGUGGAUUGUCGUGACCCUGUGCAAUUGAAUUUGUUGUACGAGCAGUGCAAAAUGGGUGUGCUACAGGGGAAUCAUCCGGUUACACGUGAUAUGGCGUGUAAUUUGGCGGCGCUGCAAUGUCAGAUACAAUAUGGUGAUCUGCAGGACCAUCGACAACGCACUAAUUUUCUUGACCUGCGUGAACUGCUACCGAAAGAGUAUGCGAAAUCAAAGGAUAACGAGAAGCGCAUCAUGGAUGGGUAUCGCGAAUUGGCCGGGAAAAGUGAGCUGGACGCUAAAAGCAAAUAUGUUCAUCUCUGUCGUUCGCUGCUCACUUAUGGCGUCACAUUUUUUGUGGUGAAAGAAAAAAUGAAGGGCAAAAACAAACUGGUACCACGGUUGUUGGGUGUCAACAAGGAAUGCGUAAUGAGGGUGGACGAGAAGACCAAAGAGGAUUUUGGUGAUUACCAGGAUGGUUACUAUUCGGUGCAGACAGCGGACGGUGAAAAGAUUGCGCAAUUAAUUGCUGGCUAUAUUGACAUAAUUUUACGGAAGAAACGUACGCGUGAUCACGUGGGCAUUGAGGGCGAUGAGGGCUCGACGAUGCUGGAAGAUGUGGUUGCUCCAGCUCGCGCAACACUCGUAGCGCAUGGACAGAUCGGCGAAGGCUUCGCGCAAGAAGGAGGUGUUGCAAUUCCAGGCGUACUCCGAACACCUGGCGCAUUCCCGACAGCACAGCGUGCUGCGCUGAACGGUGCCCAGUACGGCGCUGUCAGUGGCCAGAUUUUGCAACAACAAAUGGCCAAAGGACAGCGGCCGCGCGUUGUGGAUUCGCAAGAACGUGCACAACGUGCUCUCAUUGGUACAAUUGAAGCGUCAAUUCGUGCAGUUGAGGCAGCGGAAGAAGAAAUGGAGAAGCCGGUGCAGAUUGAAUUACCACGAUUCACAGACGAUCCAACCUCACGUCGUUGGGUGGAAACGAAAGUUGAAGUUGAGAAGCAAAAAGUUGGUGAUCAGUUGGCACAGAUGGGCGCUGCUACUGCGCAAGUUGUGCAAAUGACAGCAGUUGUCGACGAAGUAGAUUCGAAAGUUGGUACAGCAAUUGCAACUAUUGGUUCGAAUAUGCCCGAAAUGGGAAGAGGAGUGCGUGAACUGGCCGCACUGAUGCCUGAUGAGCAACGUCGUGGUAUGGCUUUUCCGGGGGUUUAUUUUUUCGAAUCAGGCGCAUCGGGAAACGUAAUUUCCAUUUAUUUCGAGUGCUGUGAAAAAAGGCGAAGUUUCAUACUAUACUCCAGGCUCGGAUUUUUUUUAAAUCGCGGCCCUUCUUGA